AUGGCGAACGACAACGCGAAGUUGUCCCGGAACGUGCUGCGGAUGAAGUUCAUGCAGAGGGGCCUGGACGCUGAAACAAAGAAGCUGCUGGAGGAGGAUGAGCGGAGGAUCAUCAGUGACGAGCAUUGGUACCUGGACCUGCCUGAACUCACGGCCAAAGAGAACAUAAUUCUUGAAGAGAAAAGCAUCGUUCCUUGUGAAGAGCUGAGAUAUGGGCGCUUUUCAUUCAGAGGCUUCAACCCUGAAGUGGAGAAGCUGAUGGUUCUGAUGAAUCCUCAAGAGGAAGAGGAGGAGGUGGAAGAGCAGGAUUUGAGGAAGAUGCAGACGGACGUCACAGAUGAAGAGAUGGCUCUGAGAUACGAGAGUUUGGUGAGCAGCAUGAAGAAGAAGUUUGCAAAGAAAAGGGAAAGAGCCACAGUGGAAGACGUGAACCAGAAUGUGACUGUCUCCAAGAAGGCCUUUCUGAAACCCCAGGACUGA